GGGAGAUGUCCAAAGAGCCACGGUACCUGCAGCUAACUUCAUGGCUGAACCAAGCACAUCUGAACGGGUCUGGCUGCUCCUGGGCAGCUGGGGAAGGGCACCCACAGUGUUCUGAGCAGAGUUGGAAGAACACCAGAGCUGAGCUGAGUCAGAGGCUCUCAAAGUGUGUGGUCUAAUGGAAUGUAACUGGAACCGACUCUCAUGAUAAAAAUCAAGGACCAUCAGGCAAGAUCAGGCAGUAAGAAUUUUUGCUUCCAAAUGAAGACACCGACAUUUAGAACUUCUACUUAUUCUAAGUUGUUUGCAUAAUUGACCUUAAAAGAGGUAAGAGUGAAGAGACUCGAGGCAUCUCUGGAAAAUACCUUUCCCCCAUUCCAUUGGAAGCUACCCUCUGGAGCACCAGAUUUGACCAUAUAUGUUCUGAGGACUCACUAUGAACAAAGAAGUCUCCCGGGUGUGAAGUUUUUCAACAUGAGUGGCCUUGGGGACAGUUCAUCUGACCCUGCUAACCCAGACUCACAUAAGAGAAAAGGAUCGCCAUGUGACACACUGGCAUCAAGCACUGAAAAGAGGCGCAGGGAACAAGAAAAUAAAUAUUUAGAAGAGCUAGCCGAGUUAUUGUCUGCCAACAUCAGUGACAUUGACAGCUUGAGUGUAAAACCAGACAAAUGCAAGAUAUUGAAGAAGACAGUCGAUCAGAUACAGCUAAUGAAGAGAAUGGAACAAGAGAAAUCAACAACUGAUGAUGAAGUACAGAAGUCAGACAUCUCGUCGAGUAGUCAAGGAGUGAUAGAAAAGGAAUCCUUGGGACCUCUUCUUUUGGAGGCUUUGGAUGGAUUUUUCUUUGUUGUGAACUGUGAAGGGAGAAUUGUAUUUGUGUCAGAAAAUGUGACCAGCUACUUGGGUUACAAUCAGGAGGAAUUAAUGAAUACCAGUGUCUACAGCAUACUGCAUGUGGGUGAUCAUGCGGAAUUUGUGAAGAAUCUGCUACCAAAAUCGCUAGUAAAUGGAGUCCCUUGGCCUCAAGAGGCAACACGACGAAAUAGCCAUACCUUUAACUGCAGGAUGCUAAUUCACCCUCCAGAGGAGCCAGGCACUGAGAACCAGGAAGCUUGCCAGCGGUAUGAAGUAAUGCAGUGUUUCACUGUGUCACAGCCAAAAUCAAUUCAAGAGGAUGGAGAAGAUUUCCAGUCAUGUUUGAUUUGUAUUGCACGGAGAUUACCUCGGCCUCCAGCUAUUACGGGUGUAGAAUCCUUUAUGACCAAGCAAGAUACUACAGGUAAAAUCAUCUCUAUUGAUACUAGUUCCCUGAGAGCUGCUGGCAGAACUGGCUGGGAAGAUUUAGUGAGGAAGUGCAUUUAUGCUUUUUUCCAACCUCAAGGCAGAGAGCCAUCUUAUGCCAGACAACUAUUUCAAGAAGUGAUGACUCGUGGCACUGCCUCCAGCCCAUCCUAUAGAUUCAUAUUGAAUGAUGGGACAAUGCUUAGCGCCCACACCAAGUGUAAACUUUGCUACCCUCAAAGUCCAGACAUGCAACCUUUCAUCAUGGGAAUUCAUAUCAUCGACAGGGAACACAGUGGUCUUUCUCCUCAAGAUGACACUAAUCCUGGAAUGUCAAUUCCCCGGGUAAACCCUUCCGUCAAUCCUAGUAUCUCUCCAGCUCACGGCGUGGCCCGUUCAGCUACAUUGCCACCAUCCAACAACAACGUGGUAUCCACCAGAGUAAACCGCCAACAGAGCUCAGACCUUCAUAGCAGCAGUCACAGUAAUUCUAGCAACAGCCAAGGGAGUUUUGGAUGCUCACCUGGAAAUCAGAUUGUAGCCAGUGUUGCCUUAAACCAGGGACAGGCCAGUUCCCAGAGCACUAAUCCCUCUUUAAACCUCAAUAAUUCUCCUAUGGAAGGUACAGGAAUAUCCCUUGCACAGUUCAUGUCUCCAAGGAGACAAGUUAGUUCUGGAUUGGCAACAAGGCCCAGGAUGCCAAACAAUUCAUUUCCUCCUAAUAUUCCGACAUUAAGCUCCCCUGUUAGCAUGACAAGUACUGCCUGUAAUAAUAGUAACCGAUCUUAUUCAAACAUCCCAGUAACACCUUUACAGAGUAUGAAUGAAGGACCCAAUAACUCUGUUGGCUUCUCUGCCAGUUCUCCAGUCCUCAGGCAGAUGAGCUCACAGAAUUCACCUAACAGAUUAAAUAUACAGCCAGCAAAAGCUGAAUCCAAAGAUAAUAAAGAGAUCGCGUCCAUUUUAAAUGAAAUGAUUCAGUCUGACAACAGCUCUAAUGACGGCAAACCUCUGGAUUCUGGGCUUCUGCAUAACAGUGACAGACUCUCAGAUGGAGACAAUAAAUACUCUCAAACCAGUCACAAACUAGUGCAGCUUUUGACAACAACUGCAGAGCAGCAGUUACGGCAUGCUGAUAUAGACACAAGUUGCAAAGAGGUACUGUCCUGCACAGGCACUCCCAGCUCUGCCUCUGCUAGCUCUUCAAGUGGUUCUUGCCCUUCCUCUCAUAGCUCACUGACAGAGCGGCACAAAAUCCUACACCGGCUCUUACAGGAGGGUAGCCCCUCGGAUAUCACAACUUUGUCUGUGGAGCCUGAUAAAAAGGAUAGUGCAUCUACUUCUGUGGCAGUGACUGGACAGGUACAAGGGAACUCCAGUAUAAAGCUGGAACUGGAUGCUUCAAAGAAAAAAGAAUCAAAAGACCAUCAGCUCCUACGCUACCUUUUAGAUAAAGAUGAGAAAGAUUUAAGAUCCACUCCAAACCUGAGCCUGGAUGAUGUAAAGGUGAAGGUGGAAAAGAAAGAACAGAUGGAUCCUUGUAACACAAAUCCAGCCCCAAUGACCAAACCUGCUCCUGAGGAAAUUAAACUGGAGUCACAGAGCCAGUUUACAGCUGACCUUGACCAGUUUGAUCAGUUACUACCCACGCUGGAGAAGGCAGCACAGUUGCCAGGCUUAUGUGAGACAGAGAGGAUGGAUGGUGCGGUCACCACUGUAGCCAUCAAAUCGGAGAUCCUGCCAGCUGCACUUCAGACCACCACUGCCAGACCCACUUCCAGGCUGAAUAGAUUACCUGAGCUGGAAUUGGAAGCAAUUGAUAACCAGUUUGGACAACCAGGAAGUGGUGAUCAGGUUCCAUGGACAAAUAAUACAGUGACAGCUGUAAAUCAGAAUAAGCCAGAGGACCAGUGCAUUAGUUCACAGUUAGAUGAGCUUCUCUGUCCACCAACAACAGUUGAAGGAAGAAAUGAUGAGAAGGCUCUUCUUGAACAGCUGGUAUCCUUCCUCAGUGGCAAAGAUGAAACUGAGCUAGCUGAACUAGACAGAGCUCUGGGAAUUGACAAACUUGUUCAGGGAGGUGGAUUAGAUGUAUUAUCAGAGAGAUUUCCACCACAACAAGCAACACCACCAUUGAUGAUGGAAGAAAGACCCAACCUUUAUUCCCAGCCUUAUUCUUCUCCUUCGCCUACUGCCAGUCUCUCUAGCCCUUUCCAAGGCAUGGUCAGGCAAAAACCUUCACUGGGGACUAUGCCUGUUCAAGUAACACCUCCUCGAGGUGCUUUUUCACCUGGCAUGGGCAUGCAGACCAGGCAGACUCUAAACAGACCUCCAGCUGCACCCAACCAACUUAGACUUCAACUUCAACAGCGAUUACAAGGACAACAGCAGUUGAUCCACCAAAAUCGGCAAGCUAUCUUGAACCAGUUUGCAGCAAACGCUCCUGUUGGCAUCAAUAUGAGAUCAGGCAUGCAGCAGCAAAUUACACCUCAGCCACCCCUGAAUGCCCAAAUGUUGGCACAGCGCCAGCGGGAGCUGUAUAGUCAACAGCACCGACAGAGGCAGCUAAUACAGCAGCAAAGAGCCAUGCUUAUGAGGCAACAAAGCUUUGGGAACAACCUCCCUCCCUCAUCUGGACUGCCAGUUCAAAUGGGGAACCCCCGUCUUCCUCAGGGUGCUCCGCAGCAAUUCCCCUACCCACCAAACUAUGGUACAAAUCCAGGAACCCCACCUGCUUCUACCAGCCCGUUUUCACAACUGGCAGCAAAUCCUGAGGCAACCUUGGCCAACCGCAACAGCAUGGUGAACAGAGGCAUGACAGGAAACAUGGGAGGCCAGUUUGGCACUGGAAUCAGUCCUCAGAUGCAGCAGAAUGUCUUCCAGUACCCAGGAUCAGGAAUGGUUCCCCAAGGUGAGGCCAACUUUUCUCCAUCUCUAAGCCCUGGGAGCUCCAUGGUGCCGAUGCCAAUCCCUCCUCCUCAGAGCUCUCUGCUCCAGCAGACUCCACCCACUUCUGGCUACCAGUCACCAGACAUGAAGGCCUGGCAGCAAGGAGCAAUGGGAAACAACAAUGUGUUCAGUCAAGCUGUCCAGAACCAGCCCACGCCUGCACAGCCAGGAGUGUACAACAAUAUGAGCAUCACCGUGUCCAUGGCAGGUGGAAACACAAAUGUUCAGAACAUGAACCCAAUGAUGGGCCAGAUGCAGAUGAGCUCUUUGCAGAUGCCAGGCAUGAAUACUGUGUGCCCUGAGCAGAUAAAUGAUCCAGCACUGAGACACACAGGCCUCUACUGCAACCAGCUCUCAUCCACGGACCUUCUCAAAACAGAAGCAGAUGGAACCCAGCAGGUGCAACAGGUUCAGGUGUUUGCUGACGUCCAGUGUACAGUGAAUCUGGUAGGCGGGGACCCUUACCUGAACCAGCCUGGUCCACUGGGAACUCAAAAACCCACGGCAGGACCGCAGACCCCCCAGGCCCAGCAGAAGAGCCUCCUUCAGCAGCUACUGACUGAAUAACCACUUUUAAAGGAAUGUGAAAUUUAAAUAAUAGACAUACAGAGAUAUACAAAUAUAUUAUAUAUUUUUCUGAGAUUUUUGAUAUCUCAAUCUGCAGCCAUUCUUCAGGUCGUAGCAUUUGGAGCAAAAAAAAAAAAAAAAGAAAAAAAAAGUUCACUUUCGUUGGGAGAUUGAGAGAUGUUUUUGUUUCUUUCUUUGUAAAGGCCUUGGAUAUUGAAAAAAUAACAAGGCAGAACAGUUGGACAAUCUCUCUCUUGAGCCAAAUUUAAUUAUUCUUAUUUUUAUAAUCAGUCAUUGGCUUCUUAUCUGGAUGAAGGCUUUUGGAGGAGAACCAAAAUGACAAGUUCCAAGGGGAAGAUGAAGCUCCGCCUCUGCUGGCUCAGUCCCGACCCUGCCAAGGAAGAAGGGCCCAGUGGGGCUUUGCCUGUGCCCAUCCACCAAAGGCUGUCACAAUGUCUCUAAAUCAGCAGCCCUCCCCUUCCCAACCAGGCAGCUUGUGUGUACAAUCAGCUUCUUCUAGCAACUCUAUAUCUGUUGGCUUCAAGAGAAUAUUUUGCCUCCACAUAUGUACCCCUUCUCCUUUUUUUAAAGAUGGAUUUAAACCAAGAUGCCUCCAGGAAUGAGGACGAAAUGAGUAUAUUCACAGAGGAAUCCAAAAAAUACAGUUUGGGGGAAAAUGCAAUAAUUUUUGAUGAGAUGGGUGAAGGACAAGAAGCGAGUUAUGUCGAUUAUUGUAGAUACAAUUUUCUGAUUAAAUCUGGACAAAAGGCAGCCUGUUCUUUCUGCUUUUAUUGUAUUAACAGCUGAGGUAGCUAAAGUUAUUUAAAAUAAAAUUAAAU